AUGGUGCAUUUCGUCGUGCAAAGCACUGACCAACAGCUUGAGCCGGCGGAAACUCAGUUCCCCAACGCAAUCGUUAUUGGGUGUCUGUUUCACCUGAAGCAGGCGCUCAGGCGUGCGAUGAAGCGGUUCCUGAUCCCGGAGGAAGAAUGCGGCAUUGCGAUGACCCAUGGGGUCCUCGACAUGCUAACGGUGGUUGACCACAGCUUGAUUGAGCGAUGCAUCAAGUGGGUUAAGCGCGAGAUCCGACAGUGCUUCGACUACGACGUGAGCGUGUGGAACGUGGCCGGUCUGAACAACGAGCACAAACAACCCUCUAGAGAGACACUUUCAGCUGAAUACAUUCAGCGUCUGGCUGACGUUCCACGCGGGCGCGCGCGCCGUACUACACGCGAACGUUUUCAGCUGCCCGUACCCGUUGAUCUACCGGACGACAUCCCCGAUGACUCGGACGGCGACACGCCUGCGGUUACCGAGCUGCCGUCGGACAGCUCGUCGGAUGAGGACGACGGAGAAGCUGUGCAAGAGCUUUAA